CUCGUCAUCAUCAACUUGGCUCCCCCGGGCGCCUGCAUGCCUCUUGCUCGCCUGCUUAGACCAAGUGCAGCAAGCCACGCCCUACUUCACGCUACACGCCCCUCCUUCUUCACCACUUCCUCAUCAUUCGCCUCGACGUCCAGCUCAGCAUCUCAUGAUGCCUCCUUCUCCUCGGCGCCAACCCACGCUUCCUCUGAGGAGGACGCCCACCCCUCCUGGUCAUCUUCAUGGUCCCUGCGCCUCUCGCAGAAAUACCAGUUUGCGCGCUAUACCCUCGACCUAGCCACCAAUGGCGGAGGGCCGGGCCUGGCUUCACACAUUCGACGCCGUCUGAUGCGCGUGGCGGAAGCCGAGCUCGAAGAAGGCUCCUGGGUAGCCGCAGGGUCGGUCCCCAGCAUGCCGAAGGAGGCGCAAAUGGCUGGCAGAGCUUACCACUUUGGUAUCCGCGCAAUGUGUGGUCGAAGACAGUACGAAGAAGCGGCGCAGACAUUGGAGGACUGGCUGAGGUUUGCGGCCACGCAGAGAGUGAGGGAUCCGGCAGAGGUGCUGGAUAUGAGAACGAUGCAGAUGGCCAUCCUGGUCGUGGCCAAGCUGGCUCGCAAUCAAAGCACCAGCGGCGUCGAUUGGCUCGGCGCACUUCAGCGCCUGUGGGAUGCUAGUGAGGCGGCGGGAAUCAAGUGGACGCCAAGGAUGUUGAGGGCGACAAGUGCCAGCCUUUGUGCUGCAGGCAAUCUGCACGAGGACAGGCUGGGGCUCAUCGUCGAGAUCUUGGGCGCUCGACUCAGGCUCUACUGGACAGACAAGCUCGCAGGCUCAUCAGAACGAGCUGAUCAUGAGGCCGCUUCCUUCGAGGGCAACCCGCGCGCAGGCAUCGGCGCAGACGCCAGCCAUGUCGCUCGAGCUCUGCAGGCGGCACGACUGCGGCUGGCUGGGGACGCCGGAAACUCAGUCUUGCUCACCUCCUACCUCGUUGCGCUUCGCACCUUGGCCCGCUACUUCUCCCGCGCCUACCUUCCUCUCCCUCUCUCCCACGACCAAGCAACGCGCCUGCUUUACCACGAAGUCCUCAUCGCCUUCCCGGAAGCGUUGCGCUAUGGAGAGUUGCCACCUUUGACGUCGCCAGCAGACCGGCUGAUAGCGGCUGACUACCGCUCGAACAUAGCGACAUUUCUAGAUUGGACAUUCGAGCCUCUCAAUCCAGACAAGCAACGUCAGCAUAGGAGAAAGAGGAAGCUGCCAGCGACGAGGAGGAAACGGCUCAUGUCUGUGCGCCUCAGCCCUUACUUUUACAUUGCCGCUCUGCGGUACGUCUACCGAGAUGCUCGGGAUGGGAGAGAUGAGGGAGCGCUGUUGCGGUCCGACGUCGUCAAGGGGAUUCUUGCUCACGUCUCCCGCAACGGGACUAGGGACCCUCGUGUGGAUCUGGUUCUCUUUGAUGAGGCAGUACGCUACCGUCAACACGACUCGGCAGGUCAGUUGCUCGGCCUGCUCCUCCCGCAGUACGGUAUCGAUCCCAGCGCGGCGAGAGAGGAAGCGGUGUUCGAGUUGACACGCGUGGCGAAGGCAAGGCAGGACAGCCCGCUCUGCCGUUCCAUGCUCCGCUACAUUGCCGCUACGGGGCUGCUAGAUAGUAAGGACGGACGAGGUGGAUUGGACGCCGAAGCGAUUGUGAGGCUGUUCAUCCCCGACCUGCCAAAGGAUGCGAGCGCUCCAACUCCCACCAUCAACAACGCCACCCUUGCGCCCGGCCUCUUCGCUUCACUGCUCAAUCUGGGCGUCAAAUCUGGCUCAUUUAUCCUUGUCGCCAAGACGUGGACCUAUCUACGCGCCCUCGCCCCAACGCCGAGUGUGGCAGAAGCAACCUCUUACCUGCAGUACCUCGCCGCCCUCACCGACAAGGCACUCGCUGCAAGGAACUUCGAAACGUUCGAGGAUCGGCGGGAGAUCGUGUGGGAAGAGUACGAGAAGAUGCGCGCCUCCUGGCAGGCAGAGCAUGUCGACGCUCAGCUGGACGUGCGUUUCUACAGAGCCUUGCUCAAGGCCCUAGGGUGGCCCAGGCUCUUGGACGCGAUUCAUCGUGCUGGAGGCAGCGAGAAUGAAGCUGCGCGCACUCAGCUUCGCCUUGCGCUGGCGGCCCUUCCUCAGCUUCUACACCUCGGCGAAGAGCUAGCUCACGCGGCCGCUCAGCGUAAGCGUGCUGGCUUGUUGCCUCCUGAGCUCUUUGUCUGGUUCUUGGGGCGUUGGGGUGGUGAGGUUGGGAGAGGGGUCUGCAAUACUGCUCGGAUGGCGGAGGAGGAAUUGAAAAGGCACCCACGCGCUGUGACAGAGGGGUCGGAAAUGCGGCUGGGCACAGCUGAAGAUGACGACGCACGAGCAGCCUUGCUGGCCUAUCUGGAAAUGGGGAUGGAUCGGGAUGAGACGAGGGGAGAAGAGGCUGCCGAGGAAGAGGAGGAGGACGAAGAGAGAGACGAAGCACAACAGCGCGACUUUGUGGAAGAAGGAGAGGUCGAGUGGGAGAAGCGCACAACAAUCGCUGGGAGGUGGAGAGACUUACGCGUUGACUGGAACAGGGGCCGGCCGAGGAAGGACAGAGAGAAGGGUUGCUGGCCCACCGUCGACCAAGACUCAGUACCACCUCAUCACCCAUCCGGCACCCAUACUUCCAGACAUAAGGCACUGUCACGUCUCCAGCUCAAGCGACUCAGCACCGGGCCGCACGUGUCUUGGGGCUCGUCAGCCACGCUUCUUCUUCCUACAUCGCCACCGCUCUUGUCUCCUCCUCAGCACCAGCCUCCUCACUACAUCUCAACCGGCAACGGCGCAACGGCGCAACGGCUGCAUCCAGCCUGGUUCCCACCACUACCAGCCCUUCCAGCACGCAACAGUGGUAGCAGGAGCAAGAGCUCGCUCCGCCGUACGCCCAGCAGCACCUCGUCCGGCACCUCGUCCACCGGCAGCUCGCUCCUCUGCUACACAAGUAGCGGCAUCUCCGCCGGUGCCUGCUCAACCGGCAGUUCGUGCUCGAGCCUCUCCUCCCUCGCGAUCUCGCAUGGUCAACCAGCGCCAGCCCGCUCACAAGCCGACAGCUGCCCCGCCUGUGAAGUCGCCCACAUCUCGCAAUGCAGCGCCGCAGCAGCCCCCGAAAGCGUCAAGCGGCUCAGGCAAACCGGCGUCGACCUCCGUCCCCGCUGCACCUCGCUCGUCUGGUCGCCAGCAACCGGCCGCCGCAGCCACCUCCCUGACUUCUUCCCGCCCGCGAAGCUACCACCCGGCACAACGAGAGGGAUGCAAGAGCGGAUGGGCGAGAUCGAUCAGCUCAAGACGAGCAUCACAGAGCUGGACCAGCGCUCCAAGCUUAGACUUGACCAUCUGGAUGCUGUCGUCGCGCCACUCAGCGACGAUCACAAGUCUCUCGCUGGCAAAGAUGCUCCUGUACCCAAUCAGCAAACGACAAUGCCUCGACAGCAGAUCGGCCUCCGCCAGUCGGGAGCCAAAAAUGUCACGGGCCUGCAGGAAGCCACGAUGAUUGAGGAGCGAGGAAAUGCGGAAAGCUCGAAGCAAAGUGCUGGCGCUCAACGUCAGCAACAGGCAAACUUUGCGGCGGUAGCGACGACGCGCAGUGGCAGGGCAGCGAGGCAGCCGAGGGAUCGUCAUCGCUCUAGUGACAGCCAUGCCCGUGCCAAUGCGAGGCUGCGGGAGCGCGAGAGGCCGGCGAAGGAAGAGCGGGAUGACGCCUUCAUCCGCGGUGUGAGGCAGCGCAGUCACCAGCAGCAUCGUGACUACCUCGGGCUGCAAAAGUUGACUCCGGGCCUGUCUGCCUUGAGCGUGGACGCGGCGAGCACGAACCUGCUCAAGAAGGGCACCAAGGAGCGUAUGAGCCGGGAAGACGCCCGCAAGGAGCUGAGGAAAGGGAGCUUCCUCCGCGAUCUGCGAAAGUCUCUCCGCAGACAGCGACGCCCCUUUCUGCAGCGCUCGCUUCUCCGCGGCAGGUGGAACAGGUCGGUGCAGGGUCUGCUGCUUGCGAGCAUCACGGACGGCUACGAGGAGCCCUGCUACUCGACACUCCAGCCUCGAUCAGGAGACAAGCAUGUCAGCCGCUGGGCAUCGAGGCCUCGCAACCUCUCCCUCACCCUCCCAACCAGCGAGCUCAUGACGGCGUUGGAGCGCUUCAGGAGCCGCCCAACAGGACCGCUGUACGCCCAGCUGACCGACAACGCGUUCCUCUACGAGCUAGCCAAUGGCUGCCUGAAGAGGAUCCAGGCGUUGAACAGGAAGGGGGCAAAUCUGCCGGUCCCUGCCCGUCUCGAUCUGCGGGCCGACCUCGCCGCCAAGAUCGAGGAGCAGGAUGGCCACUGCUCUCUGUGCGGAUGCCAGCUCAAGCUGGAAGGGAGGCGCCGCCGCGAGCCGCUGCCACCAGGCCAGCUCGAGGUGGUGGGGGCAAAGGAGCAGCAGUCGGUUGCUGAAGAGGCGCGGAGCAACUCUUCUUCAAGCAGCUCCAGCUCGAGCGGCAAUGAGGGCAAGGUCGGCAUAGCGAGCGAGUCUUCCGACGAAGAAGGCGGAGCGCUCCUGAUGCCAACGACUGGCGCCACAGCCUCCUCCCCGCAGUCCUCGCCCUCCUCCUCGUCCUCCUCACCGGUGCGACAGCCCUUGGCUCCUCAGACGACUGCGCAACAGCCCGCUAGCGACCUCUUUGCCAUCGGCCGCGCGCGCAACAACUUGCAGCAGGAGCACCCUUGGCGCGUCCAGCCUGCCAACGCAUCGCCAGAUCAAACCCGACCAGGCGAAGGCUACGGCAAGAGCAAGUUCAGCAUGACGCGCGCUGCUUGCAACUACGUCAAGUACCGCCAUUCGCUGGACGAGGCGAGGGUCCUGGUGGCGCACCUGGCUCGAUCGUGGCGCUCGCAAGGGGAGCCUGCGCACACGGUUGACGGGGAGGGGACGAGGACGCUGGCCGCCGAGGUCGUGGGAUCUGCGCCGCCGCCGUCGGAGCAGGAGAUGAGGAGCAGAGCUGCAGGCAGUUUCGAAGCAGUUGAUGAGGGCAUUGGAGGCGGCAGAGGCUACACAAACCAAAUGCAAAUCUUUGACUUUUUCAUGAUGACUUUCCAUGAUGACUGCAUGGUGCUUCAAUGGGUGGACAGGGUGAAUUGAACUGCCGAGCGUCACGCAGCGGCUGACUGCGACGACCGACGCGACGACGAUGGUGAGGAGAUGACACACUUGCGACGACGAUGAUGAGGAGAUGACACACUUGCUACGACGAGGCAGCGGCUGUAGAUUCGACCCUGAAAGCAAGGAAAGAAGCGUCGUGUUGAAGGCCGAGACUUGGAAGAAGGAAGGGGCUGGAGGAAUGACUCUUUGGUG